AUGGUAACGAAGGAAAUGAAACCAGAAAAGUUCAUUGGAGCACAGCUAAGAUUGAAGUUAACUGAUUUGAGGGUCCUCGAUGGUGUGUUGACGGUUGUUGAUCCAUUCGGAAAUCUUUUACUCACAAACGUUUUUGAAAUAUCUGAAGAUAGAUUGGAUUCUAAGAACUUACACAAGAGGGAAUUGGGAUUGGUAAGUGUUCCUAGAGAUACUAUAACAAAUGUACUUGUCGAUAGAAAGACCCAUAAGACGCUUUUAGGGUCGUAG